GGUGUAAGACAACCCAAGAAAGUGUGUUUGGACACAAAAGCAAGCUCAGUGGUCGACAAUGAACACUGUACGUCGCUGGAUGACAUUCAGUUACCACAACCAAAGAAUUGCUCCACGCAGAAAUGUCCUCCACGGUGGGAGGCACAAGAAUGGCAGCCUUGCACCAUGACUUGUGGUGGAGGGACCAGUCUGAGAGAAGUAAGUUGUAUGGAAUACGGACCUUCCGGUCAAGCACGAUGGGUAGAAGAUCAAUUCUGUAAGCAGCUGCAACCUUCGGAAUACAAAUCUUGUAACACUGAUAUUUGUCCUCGAUGGUAUGCCGGAGAAUGGUCUCCCUGUAGUGUUACGUGUGGCUUCGGCAUUCAACAUCGCGUGGUUAUCUGCCGUAAUAGUGGUAACAACACGUGUGAGGAAGAAGAAAAGCCCACUACAAGUCAGACGUGUACAACUAAUUUACCUUGCUUCGAAAGGUCCGGUGAUAUUCAAGAGACAUUGUUGACUGAUUAUAUUGAGUCUAGUCCACCCAAAUAUGGUCUGGCACCAAAUAUCUCAAAGCUGGAUCUUUCAGCUCCCAGAUUCAUCCCAUAUGAUUGGUCACCUUGCAGUGUCACAUGUGGGACUGGCGUCAAAACGAGGCGUGUUCCAUGCAAAAUAUUUUUACAAUUUCUGAACGAAGUCACUGAGGUUCCACACAAAGAAUGUAUUGAUGCUGGCGAAGAGAAACCGGUGAGUUCAAUGGAGUGUAACGUGGGGAUAUGUCUCGAUCACGGUUCAGGGACCAUCGAUACAGACAACAGCUCCGACUACCGGACAUACGUCUGGAAACUGACCGACUUCACAUUCAGCAGCGACAACAACGUGGAAGAAAUAAAAAAACCUUUACGCCUCUCCUGUUACGAUGCCAUUCGCAAUUCUGAAGUUAACCAAACUCUUUGUCCGGCUCAACCAAUUCUCUACUUGUUCAACAAAUGGUGCUCAAGUGAAUCAAUGUGUUUUGGUUGGUACAACCUGGAUGAAUAUACACCUUGUCAACCUACCUGUGGGGACAGUACCCAGCAACGUCUUGUGGCAUGUGUCGAAGAAGGUACCCAGGGUGACAAAAGACAAUUCUCAGCAGUGGCCAAUAAAUUUUGUCUUAACCCCAUGCCGAAAAUGCUCAAAGUUUGCAUCAGUUCAGCUGAAUGUCCAGCCCGGUGGGGUAUCGGAAGCUGGGAGAAGUGUUCGGUGUCUUGCAAUGGAGGUCUUCAGAGGCGCUGGUUGGGUUGUCAAAAGGUUCUGCCAGAUGGAAAUCUUGUAAAUGUCAGUGAUACUGAGUGUGCUGAUAUUCCAAGACAACGCUCCAUCAGAGUCUGCAACUCUUUUCCUUGCCAAAAGCCAAGAAUCAAAGAACCGGUGAAGAAAUUCUUCCAGUUAACGCACUCCAUGGCAAUCAAUAUCUUCACAGGUUCCCAUGCCUAUGUCUUACCAGCAACCGUAUUGACAGUGCGUUGUUUAACCCGAGGUAUCGAUCGAAGUUCCAUUAGGUGGUUUCGUAAUGGCAAACCACUGGUCCCAUUUACAGAUCUUCGCGUAAACUACUCAAGAAAUUCUCUCCACAGAAUUAAAGUUCAGACGCCUUCGACCCCGAACCAAUCAGAAAACUACACGUGUCGCUGCAACACGAUCUACAAUAAUGUCAGUCGAACCUUGGAAUCAACCGUUGUUCUUCAUCUGAUAUCUUUAAUUGAUAUUCUAAGAGAAACAGCCCACAGAGAAUCGUACCUAUUGGGUACGGUAACGUCACCGUACGCCAAUGUUACCGACCCGGCCGAUAAACGCCCUAGACGAGCAUAUUACGUUAGCAGUCAGUGGUCGUCGUGUACAGCGAGCACUUGUAAACGAUACGGACGACAAACACGAAAUGUAUCUUGUGAGAUUAUCACAACAAAUUACUUUGAAGAACUUCCGGCUGGCGUAUGUAAACGAGGUCGAUUGAAAAGACCGGAAGUUAAGAGAAAAUGUCGAAUGGAUUGUUUCAAAUGGAUUACUUACGAAUGGGGCAAAGCGGAAAAUAUGGCAGCUUUAUUGAUUAGUAACAUACCUUCACACCCAUUCAAAAUCUUUGUUGCACCAGUUCCUUUAUUUAAGGGGUGA